AUGCCGCUCGAAUGUUUGAAAUAUGCUCCAGAUUAUUAUAGACUAACUCUUCAUAUAAUUGGUGCCCUUUCUGUUCCAAUUAAUGCGACUGGAAUUUAUUUAGUCAUGAGACACUCCCCAAAAAAUUCUUCCUAUAAAUAUUGUCAAUUAUAUGUUCAGGUAAAACUUUUUUCUUUGUGUUCACUUUUUCAAGACCUAGAAACAUUUUGGUCAAAAUGUACGAUUUAAAACUCCAAAAAUUAAAAAUGGGAACCAUUGGACAUUGUUGAAAAACAAAAUAUGUGGUUUAAUAAAAAUGAAACUCGAGUCUUUGUUGAAAUUUAUAAAUAACACGUUCAAAUUUGAAACCUUUCUUCUGUAUUUCAGUUUUUUUUAAUUAUUAAAAUUGAGUUGUUUUUCGAACUUUGCUCGGUUUUCUGAUUAAAAUUGGAUCUAGAGUAACAAUGAUCAAAUACAAAAAAGCUUCUUGAAAAAAUAAAAAUCAGCUGUUGCAAUCUGUGAACAAGCUACAAAAACAUGAUAUUUUCUUUGUAUUUUUUGAAGCUUCGAAGUAAACACCUGUCGUUUUCAAUUUUAAUAUUCUAAGCCCACGGAAUUACGUGACUUUUUGGAAAUAUUUUCAAAAAACUUUCUGUUUGUAAAUAAAUGACUUAUUAAAUGUUUAGCAAAUCAGAAUUGGAUUACGGUAGUUGGUAACACUUUUAAAAGAUAUGUACAUUUUAUUUCCAGCUUGUUACUGUAUUUGUGGAAUUACAUAUGUCAUGGACUUGUCCUGGAUAUUAUUAUUUUCCAUUAAUGGGUGGAAUAAAUACAAAUGAAUUCAUGGCUGAUUAUAUUCCAACUCAUACAAGUGUUGUUUUAUAUUUUUUCUUAUUUGCUUUCGAACUUCCAUCAAUUCUUUCUUGUUUUAUUUAUCGAAAUGAAGCUGCUGCUGAAAUGAAUACUGCAAUGAGAAUGCCUAAAUAUUUGACAUAUUUUAUCGCUGUUUCAUCACAUACUUUUCCAUUUGUUGUUUUGGUGUUGCUUUUAAAAUCUCAAUUAACAUAUGAACAAAAAAAAGAAAUAUUGCAAUUGGUAAGGGUUUUUGAUAAAGAUUGUGAGAAGAUUUUGGAAUUGUUUCAGUACUAUCCAUCUUGUAUGCAUGUUCUUGAUUUGAAAGGAUUUGAAGCAUAUGAUUAUAGAUAUAAUUAUUAUACGGCAGCUGUUGGAUUAUCUGCAAUGAUUUAUAUUUUCUUUUAUGGAUUGUGAGAAAAACAUUUCAGCUUUUUUAUAGUGUUAUUAGAGAUAAAGCAUAUAGUUUUCGAAAGGAAUUCUGCUCUCAAAAUAAAAAAUUUAAAUUUGGAAAAAGAAUUUGUUGGGAUUCUUUGAAAUCUAUAUUUUCAAUUAUAAAAAUUCUAAACCAAAAAAUUGAUUCUCUGGAAAAAUCUUUAUGUUUCCUAGUGAACACUACAGUAAUCCUCAAAAAUUUUCUAUUUUUUAUAGUUACGGUUUGUUUUUGGCAAUGCAUACAAUGUCAAUUCUCCAAAAAAUGAAGAAACAUAUGUCUGCUGCGACUUAUAAAAUGCAUCGAACUGCAAUUAUAGCACUAACUCUUCAAUGUAUUUGUCCAUUUGCUUUUAUUUGUAUUCCAAUUAAUAUUAUUUUCACAGUCAUUGUUUUUGAACAAUAUGAAUUAACAGGUAAUUUCUGAGUUUGAAAAUAUUUUCGGAUAAAAUGACUGGAAUUUCAGCGUUGGCAACGAAUACAAUGUUUAUGAUUGCUGCUCAUUCGAUGGUUUCAACAAUGACUAUGAUUUAUUGUAAUAGUAAUUAUCGAGAAAUAUUGAAAAACAAUUUUAUUCGAAUUAUUGGGUGAGUUUUGAAAUAUCAAAUGUUUUGCCUAUGCGUUUUUCUGAAUUCAGAAGAAACAUUGUUUUCAAUUUUAUAAAUUUUGAAUCGAUUUGCUGAUUCGAAUUUCGACUGAUCUCUUUGUCGGAUCUAGCCAUCCUCAAAAUCGGGUCUAAUUAAUCCGGCUCAAAGCAUGUUGCGAUUUCAAAAACUGUACAAAAAUUAAGAAUAAGUCAAUAAUCAAUUUUGAAAGUUUUCAAGACAUCCCUAAAAAUGUUAGAUCCCCAAAUUCGCAAAUUCUUUCAGAUGUGGAAGAUGUGGAUUAAAUUCAACUACACUCAUCGAACCAAGUAUUUCUGUUGUUCGUUCAAAUGCUGGGGCCAGAAAUAUAAGUAGAUCAUAUUAA